UCGGGGCUGGCAGCUGCUUUGCUCACUCUCUAUCACACAGCAAACAGGCAGCUUGCUCUCGCCAUGCACCUGGGAGCCCUCAUCCUCACUGCCCUGCUGGGGACACUCCUGGUGGCUGCGGGCAGAGCUCAGGUGCAGCAGGAGCCGUGGGCAGAGACCACCGAAGGCAUCGCCAUCACCAUCAACUGCUCCCACCCCAACAUCAAGUUAACCGAGUUCAUCCACUGGUACCGUCAAUUGCCGGGCCGGGCUCCCCAAUGGCUCGUGAGCUCUCUCCGAGGGUCCCAGGAGCUGCGGUCGCCGUCGGGGCGGCUGUGGGUGUCUGCAGACCGGCGUUCCAGCGGGCUGUGGCUCUCCAAGCCCCGGCACGGGGAUGCUGCCGUGUACUGGUGCGCGUUCCGAGCCAACAGCUGGACUCAGCUGCUGUUUGGCUCUGGGACCACACUGUCCAUCCAGCCCAGGGAGUCUCCAUCUCCUUCAGUCUACAGGCUGCUCUCUAAAGAUGCUGAGGAUUUGGAAAUGUGCCUUCUCACAGAUUAUGCCCCUGAAAACAUGACCUUUGGCUGGGGUGACAAGCAGACAAAUGCUGUGGUGGAGGUGACAACACCCACCAAUGAGCAGGAAGCCAGUUGCCUGUCAAGCUGCUGGGCCAAGAGAGAUGAAAUGCAAUGUACAGCAAAUCACAGGGGCUUUGGACAGCUGCAGCCUGAGGAUCCUGAAAGUGGUGCCAGCCCUGUCUGUGUUACAGGGGUGUCUCUACACUUCAGGACAGAUGAGAGCCUGAACAUGCUGUCUUUAUCUCAGCUGUGCCUCAAGGCAGUUCUAAUGAAAGGGAUGAUUUUCAACGUGGUGAUGACGAUGCUGAUGUGGAAAAAGAGAAAUGAAAGUCACCAGAUGGUUCAGUCCUGAAGUACCAAAGCAUCUGCUGAGGACUCUUCAACAGAGCAUCGUGUGCAAGAGGAGCACAGGCAUGUCUGCUGCAAGGGAUGCCACUUACACAUGCAUGCCUGCUGCAAGGGAUGCCACUUACACAUGCAUCCCUGCUGCAAGGGAUGCCACUUACACAUGCAUGCCUGCUGCAAGGGAUGCCACUUACACAUCCAUGCCUGCUGCAAGGGAU